AUGUCUGGCAACACUGCUACUGUCGAGCAAAUCUUGAAGGAUUUCUUUGCGGGUAACUACUGUGAAAUGGCUAUCAUAGGUAACUGUGAGGCAACAAUUGUUAUGUUUGAUGUCACAUUAUUGAUGUUGUAUGUAAUGGCAAUUGGCUUUUCAGUAUUGCGUGUUUAUGCCAUUAGCCAUGGGAACAAAAGCAUUGCAUUGGCAACAUUCAUAUUUGGAGUUAUAACAGUUCCCCUUAACAUAUAUUUAUACAGUGCUGAAUCCUAUGCUUAUGUGUUUUAUUUGGCUGGUAUGCCAACCUGUGAUCAAACACCAAACUUUUCAAACACACUGUAUUUUCAGUAA